UGCCUGGUGGUGCAUUUCUACUACUACUAGGAUUAAACCGCGUUUGUGUACAGCGGCUGCUGUAACGAUGGAAAAUACACUGUAAACAUCACCGGGGAAGACUGUACAGAGUUGCUGCAAAUCUCUCUCGGAGCAAUGAUGGCCUUCUUUCAGAACAACUUUUGGGGUGAGAAAAAUGCCGGCUUUGACGUUCUCUAUCACAACAUGAAGCACGGCCAGCUGGCAACCAAGGAGCUGGCUGAGUUUGUCCGAGAGAGGGCCACCGUUGAGGAGACCUACUCAAAGUCAAUGAGCAAAUUAUCGAAGAUAGCCAGCAAUGGGAGUACACUGGGUACUUUUGCUCCCAUGUGGGACGUGUUCAGGGUUUCUUCAGACAAACUGGCUCUCUGCCACCUUGAGCUGAUGAGAAAGAUGAAUGAUCUGAUCCGGGACAUCAACAAGUAUGGAGAUGAGCAGAUCAAAGUUCAUCGCAAGGUGAAAGAGGAGAUGGUGGGGACGGUGGAGGCGGUGCAGUCACUGCAGGUUCAGAAUAGUCACCUUCAGAAGUCCAAGGAGGGUUACCACAGCAAGUGUUUGGAGCUGGACCGGCUUCGGAAGGAGGGUGCACCACAGAAAGAACUGGAGAAAGCGGAGCUAAAGUCUAAGAAAGCAGCCGAGUCUUUCGCGUUGUGCAUCGAGAAGCACAACCGUGUAGGAGGAGAGUUUGAGCAGAAGAUGAGCGAGUCGGCUCAGAAGUUUCAGGAAAUUGAAGAAUCUCAUCUGCAACAGAUGAAACAGCUGAUUAAAGGUUAUUCGCAUGCCAUCGAGGACACCCAUGUUCAGGUGGGACAGGUCCACGAAGAGUUUAAGCAGAAUGUGGAAAAUAUUGGCAUUGAUAACCUCAUCCAGAAAUUUGCAGAGCAGAAGGGCACAGGCAAAGAGAGGCCAGCUCUGGUUGGUUUUGAGGAGUACAUGACAACUUUGGCAUCAGAAGGAGGGAAAAAGAGUCGUGCAAAAGCCUUCAGGAUCCCUGGACUGGGCAAGAGGGACAAGGAGCCAGACUCCACGGAUUCAGCUGUGACAGAGGCACUGAAUUUACCCCUGGAAGUAGACGACGAGGGAUUUGUCAUCCGAGCCAAUGGCACCCAGAGCUGUGCCGAGGAAAAUGAGAACAAUUUUUACUCCAGCGACUCAGAUUUUGAUGAUGAGGAGCCGAAGAAGUUUCAUAUCCAGAUCAGACCAGUAGCCAGCAGCAGCCGUGGCAACUCCAGCGCCAUGGAGAAAGAGCUUAAAGCCACCGUGGGGACGCUGAGUUUGCCACCAAACAGAGGGAUUUCAGGCAAGAGGAAUCUCUCUCGAAACUCGAGCACUGCAGGAGGCCGAUCGGAAGGAGAAGGCGAAGCUGCGUCUCACAGGGAUGGAGAGCAGGAGACCCUGCGCAGGUCCACUUCCAGUCCUGAUCACAGCAGGUUGACUUCGACAGUGUUGGGUUCUGACAGUCUGUUUGGACCACCGCUGGAAUCGGCUUUCAAAUCCAAAAGUUUCAGUGGCCGGGACCAGCUCAGAGAACGGAGUGCUCUCAGCGCUUCUGAAUAUGCUGCCUUCUCUUCUGACUCUUCGUCUCCAGAGAACAUUGAAGAUUCUGGUCUGGACUCGCCUUCCCAUCAGCCCCUUGGGCCCUCUCCUGAGCCCAUGGGCUGGGCAGCUUGGCCCCCUGCAUCACAGAGUAAAGACCAGAUGCAAACACUGGGUCGGUCUUCAGACCCGUUCUUCUCUGCCUUCAAGGACCCCUCCCUCGCUCUGACCUCUCACCCACAGGAUGAGCCUGUGACCACCUGGUCAGUCGCACAGUCGUGUCCCUCUCACGUUUCCACAGGCACAGUCCCCUCAUCAGUAAGAUUUCCUGCUUUUUCUCAGUUCCUCCCCCCACCUGAGAUGGACUCUGUGUGGAGCUGCAAACACAUGCUCUCAGAGGACCCCUUCCUUGCUGCCUUUGAGAGGACAGAGACCUUAAAUCUGCCUGAUGCUUGGGCGUGGCCCCCAGCUUGCUCAACACAAGAAGGCAGGGACCCAUUCACCAUCACUCUCACAGACACCAAGACACUACCAUCCGCCUCCUCGUCUUCCUCAUCUUCCUCCAAUCGUAAAGAGAGAGACAGGAAACGAGAUCGGAGCCUCCCACCUGCUGCAUCUGUAGAUGACCCAUUUGCAGUCACCAUGAUUGGGAGCCCCACACACCAAUCAGUGCUGGCUGCCGCAGCUGGGAUCAUCCCUCCCCACAGCAGUGACGGUGCGGGUAACAACAGGCCGGCACGCGACACCAGUUCCAGCUCUUUGCCUAAAGCUCAGCCAAAGAAUGAGCUGCUGCACUGGAACUCUGUCCAAAACCCGUUUAACGAGGGUGCCUCUGCAGUGUCCGGAGCAAGGCAUCCGAGCAGCUCCAAAACGCAGGGAGGACGAGAGAGAAGAAAACACUGGUCCUCAGAAAGUGAGCCACGGAGGAACGCUCCUCCACUCACGAGGCAUUCAGGGCCCCAGGAGGACCUUUGUUUUUCGACAGACAAAGACCAGGACUGCCUGGAUCUCAACUCUCCGCUACCCUGUGGUACUGCUUCUCACAAGGGUUCAAAGCAUAACUUCAUGCAGGACAGCAAUGAAGUGGUCAGAACUGCUCCCAUUCGAGGGUCCCGGCUCAAGAGGACUUCAGGACGACUCCUCAGCACAGAGAAAUCUCGCUCACUGUGCUCGUCCCCGCUGCCGGGGCCCAGCCCUUCCAUCACUUCCUCUUCCUCAUCUAGUCCCAGCGAAUGGGGUCCGCAGGGUCGUGACGGCGAGUGGAUGGGUCAGAACAGAGCACCUAGUCCUGCUAAGGGAGAACGAGCUUCACCUUUGGCCUAUCAGCCACAGGACCACCCUCAAAGACCGCUGCACCUGUCACGAGGACCCAGUCCCAUUUCUCUCAGCACACAGGAAGCCUGGCCUGUGGCAGCAGCCAUAACGGAAUAUAUCAACGCCUACUUCAAAGGCGGACAGCACAACCGGUGCCUUGUGAAGAUCACAGGUGAUCUGACAAUGUCCUUCCCAGCAGGCAUCACCCGGAUCUUCACAGGCAAUCCCAACAUUCCCGUGCUCAGCUUCAGACUGGUUAACAUUGCGAAGAUCGAUCACUUUCUGCCCAACCAGAAGCUGCUCCACAGUGAUCUGUCUCAAAGUGACCCAGACAUCAGGGACUUCUGGUUCAACAUGCAGGCUCUUCAGCUCUACCUGCAGAGAGAAGCUGAACUCAACUCUCAGGCCUCCUACUACAAUGUAGGCCUGCUCAAAUAUCAGGUUUCAUCCCAGGAUCUGGCGCGGGCUCCUCUCCUGUUAUCAGCUGAGUGCCAGCGCAGCGGCAGCGUCACACGAGUGUCCUUGGAUUACCACUGCUGCCCCGCCACAGCACCCUUUAGCCAGCUCACCGCCGUCCAAGUGCUGCUGCCGUUAGACCACACAGCUACCGACCUGCAGUGCCAACCGGCCGCAUCCUGGAACGCAGAGGAACGACGUCUGCUGUGGAAACUGCCGAACCUCUCACCGACCAACCACAGCAAAGGCUCAGGAACCCUGUGUGCCAGUUGGCAGUGCCUGGAGGUUCCCCGUGGCCCUCCACCCAGCCUGGCGGUCCAGUUUGUGGGUUCGGGGGCGUCGCUGUCAGGCAUGGACAUAGAGCUGGUUGGGACUCGCUACCGCAUGUCACUGGUCAAGAAACGAUUUGCCACAGGGAAGUACAUGGCGGGCUGCUCCUUGUGAUUUACACAUGGAACUCUCUGAUUCCUAAACGGGCUGUUGCUGGAGUUUCGGAGAACUUUGCACUUUUUACAGUGUGUAUCAGAGGCUGCACAGAUGGUGGACGUCCUCAGCCCUGAAGGACGAUGUGCACUUUCACUUUCAAGUUUCUUUUUAUUCCCAUCUUUAGUCAGUGUUGGUCACUUUUUUUCUUCCUUUCCACAUUGUGUUCUGUGUGCCUUUAAGAUUAAAAGACUGCAAACAUAAUGUAACUCAGAGGUGGGGGGGGAGACUAUUGUGAAUAACUUUGGGCUGUUAAAACUCAUUUGUAAAUGAUUUGAACACACUGAAGAAAGCCGUUUGUAAAUCUGCAGUUUGCUCAGAGUGAGUUUUGUGAAUGUAGACAUUUGAUAAAAUAAAUGUGUUCAAGCUGUUG